UAAGUCCAGUAGCAUUUUAGACGACACAAUUCCGAACAAAACGCGCUUUCUGGAAAUGCCAUACAACGCCAAGCAAUGAAGGAUGCCUGGACUAGAAUGGUCCACGUGACAUAAGAGUUCCAGUGUAAUAUUUUCCAUAUGCGCGCAUUUAUUAUAAGAACUAUUCGCUUUGAAAACACCCGCUUGUCCAGUACAGGUUUUUUCUGACAGACGCAAACCUAGACAGUGAGAUCUCCAGUAGGCGAUAUACCUGUUCCAAUGAAAAGUCUCUGCAGGACUUGAUGUAGACAAUUUUCCAAAAACGGAUUUUAGUACUGCGAUGAAGCGAGUGAGCGCAAUUGUCAUCUUAUUGCUGUGCUCCAUCACAAGCUUGGGUAAGAAGAUGCGCUGGUGUACAGUGUCAGAACCAGAGCAGAAGAAGUGUGCCGAGCUGGCCAAAGCUCUGGUCGCUGUCCUUUCACCUGCAGCCGUCACGGCAUUCGGCCGUCUCUCAUGUGUGAGAGCUUAUGGCACUGCUGACUGCAUUAGUAAGAUACGGGAUAAUAAAGCUGACCUUGUGACUCUGGAUGCUGGAGAGGUGUACUCUGCAGUGAAACAUUUUGGACUCACAGCAGUCGCAAAGGAGAUCUACAGAGAUGGUGGCUGUAUUCUUGCAGUUGCUGUGGUGAGGAAAAACAGUACAGUAGAUAUGCGCUCUUUAAAGGGAAGUAGAAGUUGUCAUAGUGGAGCUCGCUGGACUGCAGGUUGGAGUCUCCCUUUGGGACAUCUACUUUCUCGAAACCUCCUGCCCUGGGCAGAGGAUGAGCCCCUCAGUCAGGCGGUUAGUACUUUCUUCAAUGCCAGCUGUGUGCCUGGAGCAUCUACAAUAGCAGCCAGCCUUUGUUCCUUGUGCCAGGGUCAAAGGUCAUACAUUCGUCAGAAAAAUUUCAAUUGUGAAACGUCUCACAGUGAACCGUUCUACCACAACCAAGGAGCACUCAGAUGUUUACAGUCACGGGCAGGAGAUGUUGCCUUUGUGGAUCACACAGUUCUGGACAGCAUAGAUGAAAGUGAGAAAGAUGAGUUCAGACUGUUGUGUGCUGAUGGAAAUCAUGCUCCCCUCAGCAGUUUUAGAAAGUGUAAUCUUGGACGAGGCCCUGGAGGAGGUGUGGUCACACGAAUGAAUAUUCGCAAAAUUGCUCGGAAGUUCUUAGUUGCUGCCCAGAUGUCCUUUGGUUGGAGGGGAAGGGAGCGCCAGCGCUUCCAGCUGUUUGAAUCAGCAUCCUACGGUGGGAGUGACCUUAUGUUCAGAGAUGUAACUGAGAAGUUAUCAGUUCUGAUGGAAGACAUGGAUAUGAGCCAGGUUCUGGGACUGGACUAUGUGGCCUUGCUCAAGGGCCUUGGACAUGAAGGCAGCUCACUGGAGGAUAGUGUGGUGAGGUGGUGCUGUAUAAGUCAUGCAGAACAGAAGAAAUGCGAGCAGUGGGCUCUUAGCAUAAAAUCAGAUCCUUUGGUGUGUGUGAAAGCCUCAUCUAUGAGUGACUGCAUUGAGAAGAUCAAGAGAGAUGAGGUGGACGCUGUGUCUCUGGAUGCCACUCACGCAUUCAUAGCUGGGAAAUGUGGCCUUGUCCCUGUUGUAACUGAAUAUUAUGGAGAGAAAUGUGAGAAUCCUGAAGGAGUUGGAGGCCAUUUUGAAAGUGAUGAAUUUCCACCUGUAUAUGGUGUGGCAGUUGUACGUCGGACAAGUAGGAGUUUAUAUUUUGGAGGUCUGGGCAGCAGACGCUCAUGCCACGGUCACAUGUACAGCCCUGCUGGCUGGGUUUUACCUGUGAGACAUACGCUCAGCACAGAGCACAACAGCAGCGCCACAUGUCAGCCGAAUAAUGUGUACGCUGAGGUGUUUUGGAAAGGUUGUUUGCCAGGAGGUCAAGGCAAUCUCUGUAAGGUGUGUUUGGGUGGGACUGAGGAAGCUGCCACCAAACGGUGUGCUGACAACCAUAAUGAACGUUACUAUGGGAAUAUGGGUGCAUUAAGGUGCUUGGUUGGAGACCCCAGUGGGAAGAGCUUCGGAGACAUAGCCUUUAUGGAACACCACAAUCUGGAGAGCAACAUUGAACGUUUAAACUCCAGUGGCUGGGCUGAGGGUUGGCUCACUUGGGAUUUUGAGUUGCUUUGUGGAGAUGGCAGCCGGGCUCCUCUGACGGAGUGGAAGACCUGUAACUUAGGGGAAAUCCCUCCAAAUAUUGUUAUGACACGUCCAGUUCUUACAGCUCGCAUUUAUGACCUCUUAAUGAAGUCACAGGAAACCAUAAUAGCUGGUCCAGAUUCUGGGUUUCAUCUGUUUAAGUCUCAAGAGUAUGGAGAGAGCGACCUGCUUUUUAAAGAUGCUACAACGUGCCUUGUUCACACCAGUCACGUAGACUACCGCACCAUACUGGGAGAAGAGUUUUAUUCACAGGCUGAGAGCAUCUUUAACUGUACACAAUCAAGUAUCUUACAGUUCUGCAAUCAAGACGUGUGCAGCAUAUUCUAAACCCCUGAAAACAUUUUUAACAAUGUUAAAAAGGAAGCAUGGGUCAUAAUGUAUAUGGUUUAUUUUGUAUCAUUACUGAUAUACAAU